AUGCAUUCCUCCCUCCGCAAAGCCUUCUUUGGCAUCUUGAGCAUCUUAGCUUGUGCUUACGCCGAACAUCUUCGAGUCGUCUGGUCGUCCGGCGCCUUUGGUGCAAUUGGUGGCCCAGACGGAUCCGGCACCAACGGCGGCUACACAGGUUUCGCCAUCCUCAACGACGCCGGCGAGGCCGUCUACGACCAGUCCUAUCCCAACGACCACUCUCCCUGUUACAACACUGGCGACGGCCGCACAUUCACCAUUGAAGGCGACUGCUGGGAUACUGGGCGAGUCUUCCACUGCAAGUCGGACUUUGGUGGCGCACCCAAGACGUGCGAGGUCAAGGACAGCAACGGCAACGUUCUUGGCAGUGGCACGCAACAGAAGGAUACCGACUUCAUUGGUAUUGCUAUUGGCAUCGACGCUUCCUGCGUGGUCGAGUUUGAUUCUGAUGGAUCUGGGUGCCCUGUUGACGACGGUCAUGGUCCCCUUCAUGUCACUUCGGGCUAA